ACUAACUCUUUGUUUGGAAAGAGAGAGAGCGGAAAAAAUGAAAGUCAGAAAGGGGGGCGGUUGGGGAUCCAUUCAGCCAAUACGGUUCUCUCAAAUACCACAUUCCACGAAAAUACCCCACCAAAACCACCUCACCAAUCUCUCCCUCCCUCCCUCUCUCUCUCACACCCGCCCACACUCACGUUCGGGGAGCGGCCGAUCCCGUCGUGCCACGUAAGAUCACACUCUAUCUGCGGCGCGCAUUCUCACAGCGAUGCCAUUUUCAGGCCACUCCAGGUGUUUAAAAUGAAUGGGAUUCAAGCCACAAAAUCUCACAGUACCGAGAAACCCUCUCCAGGAUGUCUUGGAAGAAUGGUGAAUCUCUUUGAUUUGAGUUCAGGCGUUCCUGGAAAUAGGCUGCUAACGGAUAAACCUCAUUAUGAUGAUUCUUCACGCACAAGGAGUAGAUCAGUUGUGGCAAGGACAUGGAGUCCUUUUGGAGAUCAGAUAGAGGAGAAAAUUAUUGUGCACAACAUAAGGGGAAUAUCAAACAACGAGGCAAAUGGAACACCCAUGAAGAUACUUAUAAACCAAGAAAUGGAAAAAGAAGGGGAAUCUAAAUACAACCCACCUAAUGUGGUCGCGAAGUUGAUGGGGCUUGAUGCCCUCCCCCGACCACAGCCUGAUUCAGCUUCAAAAAGAAACCAUGCAAAAGGUUAUUCUCGACGUAGUUUAAGUCAUUCAGGGAUAGCACUAGGAUCUUGGCAGGAAGAAGAUGGCUUUUCUGAUAAGGGAUUGCCAUGUGAUCGGUGUCCACAACAGACAACUUAUGUGAGGCACAAAUCACCACAGAAAGGAAGGCAUGACGGAAAGAUUGAUGACAAAAAAAUGGAUCUUGUUCGUCGGAAGUUCAUGGAAGCAAAACGUUUGGCUACAGAUGAGAAACUUCGCCAGUCUAAGGAGUUUCAAGAUGCUUUGGAAGUUUUAAGUUCCAAUGAAGAUUUAUUCCACAAGUUAUUGCAAGAACCAAAUGCUUUAUUUUCUCAACGUUUGGAUGAUCUAAAGUCAACUGCUCCACCUCCUGAGACAAAGCGAAUUACUGUUCUUAGGCCUUCGAAGAUGGUUGAUGGUGACAAAUUUCAAGGAUCGGGUAGGAUGAGUGAUAAACAAAUAAAGAUGCCAGCCCAAGUGGGCCAAGCACUUCUGUGGGGCAAGAAUGACCCUGGAUAUUCUCCUACUUACAAUAAUCAGAAAGGCGAUGAAUUUCCGGGUCAACCAACUCGAAUAGUGGUAUUGAAGCCUAGCCCUGGCAAGCCUCAUGACAUCAAGGCUGUUGUUUCUUCACCUUCCUUGUCGCCUAGAAUAUUACAUCGUAAAACCUUUUAUGAGGAAGCUGAAGAUGAUGAGGCUCAAGAAUCGAGGGAAGUGGCAAAGGAGAUCACCCGCCAGAUGCGUGAAAAUUUGAUGGGUCAUCAAAUGGAUGAGACUCUGCUUUCUUGUGUUUUUUCACAUGGCUAUACUGGCAAUGAUGGUUCAUUUGACAAAUCAGAGAAUGAAUCUGCAGUGGAAGAUCUUAGUGAUUCGGAAGUCAUGUCACCGUCUCCCAGGCAUUCAUGGGAUUAUAUCAAUAGGUUUGGAAGCCCUUGUUCUUCGUCCUCCUUCAGCCGUGUGUCAUGUUCUCCUGAGUCAUCAGUUUGUAGAGAAGCAAAGAAGCGACUAUCUGAAAGGUGGGCCAUGAUGGCAUCAGUUGGGAGUUCUCAAGAUCAAAGACAUGGUUGGAGAAACUCAAGUACUUUGGGUGAGAUGCUGGCACUUGCAGAUUCAAAGAAGUUGGCAGGAUCUGAGGACAAGAAUAUUAAUAAGGAACAAGAAUCAGUGGAAUCAGGUUCAUGCUUAAGUAAUAAUGUAAAUAAAGAAGAAUGUUUGGUUGUUUCUCCUAAAAAUCUUUUGAGGUCAAAAUCUGUCCCUGUAUCUUCAACGAUGUCUGGUACGAGACUCAAUGUUGAAGUGUCUGAACCUGAGGCUGGAAAAAUGCAUGUUCCCAAGGAGCUGACAAAGGCAAAGAGUAUGAAAUCAUCAUUCAAGGGGAAAGUUUCUAGUUUAUUUUUCUCCAGGAAUAAGAAAUCGAGUAAAGAUAGACAUGCUGCAUCUCAGUUUAAAGAUGAAUCUCAAUAUGCUGGCUCUGAAGCAAAAGGGUCUCUAUUACAUUCUCUUGGGGUGACCUGUGAUGCCACUUCUCAACUUGCUGAUGGUGGCCUUUGUUCCGCACCUCAUGGACCAUCAGGUGAAACUUCUCCAGAUACCAGCAUGGGACAAAAGCAAGGCACAACUUGGGAGGCAGGAUUUUCUGUAAAGAAGCAUAUAAUGCCCGGGAAUAUCAGUGAGAAUCAGGACCAGCCGAGUCCGAUUUCGGUUUUGGAACCACCAUUUGAAGAUGAUAACACAUCUCUAGAGGCCUUUGGUAAUAUGAAGCCAGACCACCAGGGAAGACAGUUGCCUAUUAAGUCUAACUUGAUUGACAAAUCACCACCUAUAGAAUCAAUAGCUCGGACACUGUACUGGGAUGAUUCUUGUCCAGAGACAGCCACAGGAUAUACAGAAAAACCUUCAGUUUCCCCAGGCAGUGAGGUGGAAGAACAAGAUUGGCUCGCCCUUGCCCAAACAUUAUUAUCAAUGGCUGGUCUCAAUGGGGAAGUGCAGUCUGAGAAAUUUUCUGCUAGAUGGCAUUCGCUUGAUAGUCCAUUGGACCCAUCAUUGAGAGACAAGGUCACCGCCAUUCAUGGAAAGAAUUUUCUGCCUGAGGCUAAGCGACGGCAAAAUAGAUCAAAUUGGAAGCUUAUUUUUGAUUGUGUGAAUGCCGCACUAAUGGAAAUCACAGGUUAUGGGUCGACAGACAAGUACCCAAUGGGAAGGCCCUGUAAUGGGGCCAAUAGCAGACUCUUAGAGAGUGCAUCACCCAUGCUGGUGGACUGGGUGUGGAACCAAAUGCAGGAAUGGAUUUCUAGUGAGGGGAGGUGUGAUUUAUGGGAUGGUGAGGACAGCAACAGCCUCGUGGUGGAGAGACUUGUGAGAAAGGAGGUUGUGGGGAAAGGGUGGGAAGGGAUUUUGAGAUUGGAAAUAUAUAAUAUUGGAAAGGAAAUAGUGGGGAAGUUGCUGGAAGAGCUUGUGGCAGAAGCUCUGGUGGAUUGCUGAAUUUGACAGGGAAAAGGUUAGUACUGUUUUUCACGCUGCUGAUAACACUGGACCUGUUUUGUUCGACAUGGCUAUUUUCUUGGGAACACAGCUUGACUGCAAAAGCUGAAAUUUCUUAGUACUUCUGUGAAUCUUUGGUCCUCUACUUGUAGCCAAAGUUGACGUCGUCCAACAUCUUUGCUGAGAUUGAGAUUGAGAUUUAGGUGUACUAGGUUGAAUGCUUCUUGCAGCACAGCACGAAGCCCGGCCGGUGAUGAUCGACCAAUUAAAAAAAUACUUGGGGAAUUUUAUGGUAUCUUUUAUAUGGAGACA